GUACGCUUUAAUUACAACAUAGUUGUACAAUCGACGGAGCGGGAGCAAGUGUGAGAAACCGCAAUGUCGUCCGAAAAAGACGAUUCCAAUGCUGCGCUUAAGCUCGCCACAGCCAUUGCCAUGGCAAUGCUUCGACCGAAGCUUCUUCCAAAGCGUGCGAAUUCAUCUUCUUCUCUUUCUUCUGCGGCUCCUACUGCCGCCCGUGCUGAACCUGAUGCCCUGCGGUGGAAGCAAAAGGCCAAAGAACGUAAGAAAGAGAUUCUAAGGCUCAAAGAAUAUCUCAAGGAAGCUGAAGAUGGUUUGCAAAACGACAUGUUCCCGCAAGCUGCUUCUUGCAAGUGUUAUUUCUUCGAUACUCGGGGAAAAUCGAGUGCUGAUCAAUUGGGAGACGGUUCUGAGCACAGAUUCAGUGACGUUCUUCGCAGGAGGUUUCUUAGACAAGUGCGUUUUAAGGAAAGGAAAAGAAGAAGAACAAAUGGCUCUACAUGGCGAUGGCAUUCUGACUUUAAUAUUGAGGAUGAAACAGAGCAGCUGAGGGCCUCAGUAGAUUUUCUUGUGGAGCUCUGCAACACUGUUUCGCCUGUGGAGGAAGCUAGUUUUGCAAACUGGUCACACCAAGCUGUAGACUUCAUUUUAGCUUCAUUGAAAAAUCUGCUACCAAUGGGAAAGGACAGAGAAGCCACUGAAGUAAUUGUUAACAGCUUAAUUAUGCGUUUGGUUGGAAGGAUGUGUGCCCCCUUACGAGGUGAUGAAUUACAUCAAACUGAUGUUGAUCACCAGUUUUAUGUUCAGCACCUGAUCCGUAAGCUUGGAAGUGAGCCCUAUCUUGGUCAGCGGGCUUUGCUGUCCAUUUCUCAUAGAAUCUCUGCAUUAGCAGAAAGUUUGCUUUUCUUGGAUCCAUUUGAUGAUGCUUUUCCUGAGAUGCACAACUCCAUGUUCAUAAUGAUCCAGCUCGUAGAGUUUUUGGUGUCGGACUAUCUACUGGCAUGGUCAAAGGAUGAAGGUUUUGACAACAUGCUGUUUGAAGAGUGGGCGACGUCACUUUUGCACGCAAAGAAAGCGUUAGAACUCCUGGAAAGCAGGAAUGGGCUUUACGUGCUGUACAUGGAUAGAGUGACGGGGGAAUUGGCCAAGCAAGCGGCCAUGGUCUCAUCUCUCCAAAAUCUCAACCCGCAUAUACUGGACAAUCUCCUUCGCUGACUUCAUUAUCUUCAUGCUCUCUCUCUCUCUCUCUCUCUCUCUCUCUCAAUUGGUAGAAUAGUUGUUCUCUGAUACCUUAAUUUUUCAUGGAAUAUAUCACAGCUGAUAUGUCAGUACAAUAGUUCUUGAGAAAUGUCCAGCGCGUGUCAAGCAAUGUUCUUAGAAUGAAACAAAUCCUGAACCCUCAAAUUCUGGAACCAAAGAAUGGUCGGGGCAUCUUCUCUUUUUGCGUUGAGAAAGACUACCUGUUAUCAGACUAAAAGAAAUUGGGAUUUUUAGUAGUGGGUAUUAAUUGUGGUUGAAUUUUCACCUAGAUGGGUUCAAUUUAUCUUAUACUACAUGAUUGCUUCUA